CCAAUCAAAUUUAAAAAAGUCGGAGCUCGUUGUUCCUUGUGGUUGUGUCCAGUGUUAUUUCUAUUUAUUACUUUUGUAAUAAUUGUAUUUAGAAGACAGUGAAGUUGGAGGAACUUUAUCUACAAUUGAAGAAUAUUCUCAACGUCGGCGCAAUGGCUAACAAUUCUCAAAUUAUUAGUAAACAAAAAAAUAAUUCCACUCAAAACGAUAGCAAUAUUUCUAAAGUUAUAUAUAAUAAGAGAAAACAUUUCAACAAAUCAGAUUAUCAUAAAAGAAAUGUCAUCAAACUAUCUCAAUAUUCCGGCAAUGCUAAUGUUUCUAAAAAUUCCGAUUCAUAUUUGGAAACAAAUAUAAUAAAGUCGAGAAAUAGUUCUUUAUCUAUGUAUGAUGAUUUACCUUUAUCUCAAUCAUCUGAACUGCAUUUGGGUCAGAAAUAUGAAGAUUACUCCCAAUGUACAAGAGACAUUGGUACAAUGACCGAAGACAGAGACUCGGAAUUAGAAAAACAGUGCAAUGAAUUGUUUGGAAGAAUUGUCGCCUGUGAGAUUUCUAAUAUAAAAGGUAGUGAUAGGUUUAAUAAAAUGAAAGAAAUACUUGAUGUUCUACAAAAGAUUAAGUUGUAAAGUUUACUUUGACAUUUUACAUAGUUUUUUUUGUUUUUUAAAGCCUCAUGCUAAAGCAUUGAACAAUGAAGACUGAUUUUUAAUUAAUUUAUCAUAGUAUAUGUGUAAUCUUUUUACCCUAAGGUAUCUUUAGAAGUCCGUACCCCGAAAGGAAAUAACAACUCAUAACUUUAACUAACUUUGUUGUCAGUCCGUCUGUCUAUCAAGACAAUUUUUUUAUUAAGACUAGAAGGAUUAUUGCUCUGAUUUCUAACCUAAUUUUGAUUAAAUAUUUC